CCAUUAAAGGGUUUUGCACCAUUUUUGUGUUCAGGAUUUUUUUUAUGGGCGGGGCUGAAAUCAUGUCUCGAUGACACACUGGAGCCACUGAGCAUGGCCCCUCCCCUAACACUUAGUUACAGCCUACAGUUUGCUAGCUAGCUAUGCCUGCGUCACGUAAAUGCGUAUUACCAGGUUGCGAUCAUUUACAAAAUAGCUCGGUCUCCUUAUUUAAAUUUCCUAAAAACGAUGAUAUCAAGAAGAGGUGGAUUAAGUUUGUAAAGAGGCACCUUGAUGGAGAGCUGAGGAUCACCACCAACACCCGCCUUUGCAGUGAACAUUUUACACCGGAUAGUUUUAUAAACUUUCAUCGGAGACAAUUGGGAUUCACUGAUAAUCCGCUGUUACUGGUGAACGGGGCCGAGCCGACUAUCUCCCGCCCCGGCCUUCAUCCUUCCGUCCCGCCGACAUCUGGUGCCAUCGUCGGCAGUACGCACCCACCAAUUAGUGAGACUGUGAGAGGUCUAUCACUGAUCAGCCAGGACUUCAAUUCAGAAGUUUCGGAGGAAGAAAUGGAUCACUGUUAUGCAUCAACCGCUGAGACAAUACAAGCUCUGCCCAAGAAGCGAAAGAGGACAGACAUGAAGCGGGAGAGAGACAGACUGAGGCAGAAAAACAGAGUAAACAUCGGCGAGGAAUAUUCCAGAUGGAAAGCGCUGAAGGUGGAGAAAGGCAUGAAGAAUGACAUGGAAGUUGCUUGUUAUCUGCUGGACAGGGUGUGUGGUGAACAUCUUUCACAAGACAAUUCCAGUGAAUCUCCGAGAAAGAGAGGAAAACACCAGAAAUCAACAUCUGCACUGAAAUCUGAGGAUAAACAAGCACAGCCUGAACGACUAAUAGAGGAUGGAUCGGACCCAGAUGUCAGGAUGGGUUACAACGAGGAACAAAACUGUAUGAUGGAGCAGAGUUCAUCUUCAAGCACAACUACAGAGGAAGAUCAUACAGUGCUCUGGGAGAAAAGAAAGGAUGAACUUGCACAGACUGCACUGCGAUUGGAGGAACGUUUAAAUGCCAUGAGAUCUUUGUCUGAUACAGCAUCUGAUCCCAUUUCACUGACAAGAGGAAUAGCAGAUCAGAAGGAAAGAAAAUGGGUGGUCAACAAAUCCAGUUUGACAGGACUGUUCAGGACCUGCCAUCAGUGUGGAGAGCCGGUUCUGGAGUUUAAAACGUUAACAUCCGGGAGUCUGAUUCGGAUUCAGUGGGAAUGCUCAAAGGGACAUCUCAUGUGGCUCUUCCCCAACCACAACCCAACAUAACACACACUGAACCCAGACGGGGAUGAAUGUACUGCAGUGCAUCUCGAUUUAUUAAAACGUGAAUAAGAAAUAAAGUUUCUAUGCGGAAUUACAAAA